AUGGCGUUAGAAAACUCUCUAUCAAAUGAAGGAGAGAACAAACAGAAUUCAGAAAUUUACGAAUUCACAACCUUUGAACCGAAAGCAUUAGAUUCCUACAAAUCAAGUUCGUUCCGUACAUUCACAAAACAAUCGAAAGACGAUGAUGACAUAGCUGAAGGUCAUUCAUCAUACCAACCUCCAAGGAAUAUUUUCCAAAGGUGUAUAGAUUCCUUUAAACCUCCAUUAGAUGGUUCAUUCCACACACAUAACUUGAAAAGAACAUUAAAAGCUCGUCAUUUGAUCAUGAUUGCCAUCGGUGGUAGUAUAGGGACAGGUCUUUUCAUAGGGUCAGGUCAAGCAUUAGCCAGUGGUGGUCCCCUUGCAUUAAUUAUAGGUUGGUCCAUCGCAGGGACUCAAAUUGUCGGGACAAUCCAUGGUCUGGGUGAAAUUACAGUACGAUUUCCAGUAGUUGGAGCUUUCGCUAAUUAUAGUACGCGGUUCUUGGAUCCCAGUAUUAGUUUUGUCAUUUCUACUAUUUAUGUCAUUCAAUGGUUCUUUGUUUUGCCUUUGGAAAUUAUCGCUUCUGCUAUGACGAUACAGUAUUGGAAUCAAUCGAUAGAUCCCGUUGUGUGGGUCGCUAUCUUCUAUUGUGUUAUCGUCAGUAUUAAUUUGUUUGGUGCAAGAGGGUUCGGAGAAGCUGAGUUUUUAUUUUCAUCAAUUAAAGUUAUCACUAUUAUUGGGUUCAUUAUAUUGUGUAUCGUAUUAAUUUGUGGUGGUGGGCCUGAUCAUGAUUUCGUUGGUGCAAGAUAUUGGCAUGAUCCAGGUUGUUUGUCUCAUGGAUUCCCAGGUGUACUAUCAGUGUUAGUCGUGGCAUCAUAUUCCCUUGGUGGUACAGAGAUGGUAUGUUUAGCAAGUGGGGAAACAAAUCCAAGAGAAUUACCAAGUGCAAUUAAACAAACUUUUUGGAGAAUCUUAUUCUUUUUCUUAAUAUCUCUGACACUAAUUGGAUUUUUAGUUCCAUAUACAAAUCCAAAUUUAUUAGGUGGCUCUUCAGUCAAUAACUCACCCUUCGUCAUUGCAAUCAAAUUACAUCACAUUAAAGCAUUACCAUCUAUUGUUAAUGCAGUUAUUUUAAUUAGUAUUAUGAGUGUCGGUAACUCAUGCAUUUUCGCUUCUUCAAGAACAUUAUGUUCAAUGGCCCAUCAAGGUUUAAUUCCAAAAUUCUUUGGUUACAUUGAUCGUGCCGGUAGACCUUUAACAGGUAUCUUGACUAAUUCCUUAUUCGGGUUGUUAGCAUUUUUAGUUAAAUCAAGUUCCAUGGGUGAAGUAUUCGAUUGGUUAAUGGCCAUUGCUGGGUUAGCUACAUGUAUUGUUUGGUUAAGUAUUAAUAUAUCACAUAUUAGAUUCAGAUUAGCUAUGAAGGCACAAGGCAAAUCAUUGGAUGAGUUGGAGUUUGUAAGUGCAGUUGGUAUGUGGGGGUCUGCUUAUUCAGCUCUAAUUAAUUCACUAAUUUUAAUUGCUCAAUUUUAUUGUGCCUUGUGGCCUAUCGGAGGUUGGAAAGAUAGCAGUGAAAGAGCUAAAACUUUCUUUCAAAGUUAUUUAUGUGCUUUAAUCAUGGCAUUUUUAUUCGUUUGUCAUAAGGUUUUUUACAGGUAUAAGACAGGGAAAUGGUGGGCAAUAAUGGAUUUGGAUAAGAUAGAUCUGGAAACGGAUCGUAAGAAUAUUGAUAUCGAUGUUUUAAAGCAGGAGAUUGCAGAAAGAAAUCGUCAUUUACAAGCAUCUCCAUGGUAUGUCAGAUGGUACCAUUUUUGGUGUUGA